UAGACUUUGACCGCUUCUGCUUUUUUAUGUCCCCUUACCGCGAAAGACGUUCGAAGUGGACAACUUUCGCAUUGUCGUUCCCUUUCGUUCGAACUGUGUCGAUAUGGUUCCUCAACAACGUGCGCCCUCCAUAUCAGCUGACGCUGGCUCGUUUUGGUCGUAAAAGGACAAACCUAUUUCUCUGUUUCUCCCUUACCAUUCUCAUUCUCCUGUCUUUCAAGUUGCUGCAUUCGACAGCUUCAGUUGAAUCAUGGCACUGGAAGCCUUCUUUCCUCGGCUCACGAUCAACUCUGGUGUACCAGCGGGAGGAUAUCCAAAAGAUGUGGCAAUGGGAGAUUGUUAGUGGCCACUAUCCGUCCAGGAAGGAGAUCCCUGAAGAAAUUGGAUUGACGCAAAUUGUAGAUAACCCUGCCUUACCUCCAAAAAACGAUAGGUGGAAAGCACAACCUCCGUCAUCCAAACCCAUCGUCACCAUCACCAAUGGAGUGGGUUCUAAACGGUUGUAUCUGGAUAUGCAGCGGCAGGAACAUAAUAUUGCCUACCCUCCACGGCCUGUCCCAGGGAGCGUGAUAGAUUUAGAUGUGGUCAAGCACCACUGUGACUACCAUCAUAAAAAGUAUGUCCGUGAUUGUCUUGAGGUCCUCCGUGUGGGAGCAGGACUGGAUUACGGACGAUUACGACGUGUUAGUAUGGACGACUGGAAAUACAUCUACCUGGAAACGGACCGUUUACAAAAUAAACACUCGAGGUUUAAUGAUGGGGUUAUACUCGGCGAAGCAAUUACGAAUGACAGCUCGCCGUAUGUCUCGAGGAACUCAGACACCCCCCUCAUUCGCUUGCCCGAACCUAUGCGCUAUCGCACUUCUGCUGAUCUCGAAUCACCGUGUGAUCCCGACCAUCACCGUAUAUUCCACAUGUUCUGGACCGGUCCUUUCACGGAUAAACCGUAUCUCGCCAUUAUCUCGUUUCUAUAUACCCAAAACACCGGUCUCCAUGUUGAUGUCUAUCCAACGGAAAAAGCCACUUGCCGACCCCAGCUAUGGCUGUGGGUCAAUCCGGGACCAGCCGACUCUGUACAUGGUGCAAGCACGGCUGAAGCGAUGCUGGAAUUGGUUAAAUCCAGCCCAUGGGUUUCACCCUUCUUGCACCCACGAUUCCGUGAUGUCAUACACUUCAAGCUCUGGGAUACUACAGAUCAGCUCGAUAGCUUAGAAGAGAUUAGAAACGAGUGGAGAAGUUUGAACUCGCUCUUCGAGUCGAAUGGAGUCGUGGUAAAGGCCAAACACGAUGGAGAUGGGGCGCAAAAGGGGGAAUCUGUGUCGAAGGACACAUAUGACAAGUUGUCGGUCGUCUUAUCGGAUCUGGUACGGUUCGUGCUUUGCCAUCGGUACGGCGGCAUUUAUUUGGACAUGGAUAUCCUAUUCUUACGCGACUGGGAGGAGUUAUGGGGUUGGAAAGGUGCAUUCGCUUAUGCUUGGUCGGGCAUGAGUAGGUAUAAUACAGCAGUGCUCCAUAUGAGCAAGGGAUCGGCGUUAGGAACUUUCCUUCUACGAACCGCCAUCAAGCACGAUCUGGAUCUCCAUCCUGAAACGAUUACUCAGUACCUGAGGGAUGCUUACUCGAGAGACCUGCUGUACUCCAUCCCGGAUGCACUCUUCGAUCCAGCAUGGCUGAACACAGACCAUUAUCAACGACGUCGCCCUCCCCAGCCCUACUUCACACACUUCCGUGAAUUCUUCGACACACCUGAAUCUGAAAAUGCCGGUCCACUUGCAUUAGGGUUUGAUGGCUUCUUUAAGGGGGCGUAUGCGUAUCACUACCACAAUUUCUGGUGGAAGCCGUUCGAUCCUACUCGCAAUUGGCCAGACCUGGGCCCUCGUUUCGAAGAAGGUGAACGGAAGGCUCGUAGCGGCACUAGCGACCAGGAAAAUUUAGACCUCAGAGACCUUGACUGGUCGGCGGUUUUGAAAAGAACAUUCGAGUCCUACAUACGUGGCGAACGACCCAACAUGUAUGGAGAAUGGUUAAAAUGGUGAUCACGAUCCGGACGCCUUACAUACGUAUAAUUUUAUCCUAUCCUCUGUAUUCUAUUGGAGAGUAAUAUACAGCUAACGUCGGUUCUACUUGACAUCUUCUGCGGAUUACAAUCAGGGGCGUAGCUUAUCUUGAGCGGUGUUCACGGUGCCUCUCAGUGUCUUGAUGACCGCUUUUGGAUCAUCUGCACCGAAGAUGGCUGUUCCAGCA